UUUUGGAUACAGCGGAGUAGAGGAGAGCGCGAGAUGCUGACAGAUUCCUGAUAGAUGUGCAAAAUGGCGCAAGCAUGUUCGACCUCAGAGAGCCACCAAUUGUAGCCUAACUACGAUGAGGAGCUGGAGUUAGUUGGAUGUCUGCCCUUUUCCUCUAUUUUCGCCCCAAGUUGCAUUCUUCAAGUAGCCCAUCGGAAUAUAAACAAAGUGAUUCAAUGGCGACCAGAAGGCGUUGCCUUGUUCAAUGCUUUUUGGGGAUACUUCUUAACGCUUUUAUCGGUGUGACGUGUGAGGCGGAGCUCUCCUUCACCCUGGAGCCCAGUGACAUAAUCGCCGUGCAGCGUCAGCCCCUCAUGCUGCACUGUCAGGUGGACGGCAUCCCACCAAUCACCACGCAGUGGAGGCGGAGUGGCCUUUUAUUGGCCGAAGAGGACCGGCGUCACACCACUUUUGCCAAUGGCUCGCUGCUGAUUGGCUACUUCCAGAAGACCAAGUCGGACGGCUCGUCGGAUGAGGGGGACUACGAGUGCAUGGCGCAGAACUCCUUCGGGCUGGUGGUCAGCCGCAGAGCUCGAGUCCAAGCUGCCACAAUGGCAGACUUCCAUGUGCAGCCACUGUCUGUGCAUGCGGAGGAAGUGGGCAUGGCCAGGUUCCAGUGCCAGAUCCACGGUCUGCCAGAACCAGUUAUCAGCUGGGAGAAAGAUGGCCUUUCAGUGGACACCUCAGAUGAGAGGUACACUCUCCUGCCCACAGGUGUGCUCCAGAUCACCGGGGUCCAGCAGGGGGACAGCGGAGUGUUCUGCUGCGUCGCGCACAACAGUGCGGGGGUCAAACACAGUAAUGGGGCGCGACUCACUGUCUCAGGCUCUCAGUCUUCUGUUUACAAAGAUCCCAUGAUCCUCGUGGGUCCUGAGAACCUCACUCUCACUGUUCACCAAACCGCCAUCUUGGAAUGUGUUGCCACGGGUUACCCCCGUCCAAUUGUGUCCUGGAGCAGGCUUGACGGUCGUCCUAUCGGCGUAGAGGGCAUCCAGGUGUUGGGAACGGGGAACCUGAUGAUCAGUGACGUCGGGGUGCAGCACUCUGGGGUGUACGUGUGCGCCGCCAACAAACCUGGCACCCGCGUCCGCAGGACGGCCCAGGGACGACUGGUGGUCCAAGCACCAGCAGAGUUUGUGCAGUCACCCCAGUCCAUCUCGCGCCCAGUGGGCACCACAGCCAUCUUUACGUGCCAGGCCCAGGGGGAGCCUGAGCCCCAGCUCACCUGGCUGAGGAACGGAGAGGUGCUGGAGCCUGGAGGACACGUCAAGCUGAGGAACAACAACAGCACGUUGACCAUAAAUGGCAUUAGCCAGGAUGACGAGGCGAUCUACCAGUGCAUUGCUGAGAACCGUGCUGGCUCUACCCAGGCUAGCGCCAGGCUGACGGUGCUGUGGACCGACGGGCUCCCCGGCUCCCCCAGCGAGGUGCAGGCCCAUGCCCUGUCCCCCACCUCCAUCCAGGUCUCCUGGAGAGAACCCAACCAGAACACACAGGACAUCAUUGGAUACGUUCUGCAUAUACGCCGGUCCACAGACCCAGUGGAAAUGGAGUACCAGGAGGCGGUCUCCAAGGCAACGCUCCAGCAGGUGGUGGGAGAUCUGGAUCCUUCCACCAGCUAUGUGUUCUACGUCAAAGCCUACACGUCCCGCGGAGCCAGCAAGCCCUCCAGCGCCGUCACACACAGCACCCUGGGGGAGGUGCCUGCCCCACCAUCUCUCUUCACCAGAGUGGUGAGUAGCAGUGUGGUUCAGGCAGUCUGGGAGCCAUCCAAUAAGAUGGGACCUCACCAGGGCUUCCGGCUCUUCUAUAGGAGGGCUCACACACCUAUCUUCAUUGGACCAAUCACCUUCCCCCGCAAUGCAACCCACUACAACAUCACUAAUCUAGAUCCAGCACUUGUCUAUGAGAUCAAGCUGCUGGCUUUUAAUCACCAUGGAGACGGCAAUGCCACUGUGCGCUUCGUCUCUCUCAGGGAGGCUGUGGAGAAAUCAGUCCUGAACACGCCGUGUGACUGUGUGAAGGAUGACCAGAGUAAGUCCUCCACCACUGGCAUCAUCAUCGGCAUCCACAUUGGUGUCACGUGCAUCAUCUUCUGUGUCCUCUUCCUGCUCUUCAGCUACCGCGGCAGAUUGGUGAUGUGUAAGACUGUGCAGGCAACACCCCAGACCGUGCGUCACGUGGGAGAAUCCUCCUCCCAGGGUGCACCUGGGCUAAACGGGGCCACCAGGGGUGUUGCCGAGGGCAAUGGCAGCGUAGCCAAUAAAAGAAGGGGGGACACUAAUGAGUUGGAGAGACUCUUCUCAGGCCCCUCCCACUGUGGAGAGAGAUCCAAAACACACAUGUUGGACAACUCCCUGGUCUCCUGUGUGUUGAACGACACCCAGGUGUCAUCUCUGCCGCUGGAUGGCUUCUGCCUGGAGGGAGAGGCUGAGACGCAGUUCCAGCAGCCACCAACAGGGGGCCAAUGCUGAGAGGCUACACCUCGGGGUGGACUGCCCUCUCAGGGAGACCCUGUUCUGUUGGGGAGGCUCUGCCCCCUCCUGUGCCCCUAAAGACUGUUCUCCUUCACUCAGGUCUACAGCUGUUUCCUUUCAUAG